AUUACGAUAUAUGACACAAGAUCAUGAUCUAUACAUGUAACUUAACCGCCAAUAAAGUCAAUAUCAAUCACGUAUAUAUAACAUAAAGUCGAGCAAUCGCAAGGGAUCAUUUCUCUUUACGAAUCAUAUAUAGCUAAUAACUAUAGUAAAACUAUACUCUCAAAAACACUAAAAAUGGUGGAGGUCCAAGAUUUAGAACCACUUAGUCCAAUUCAAGACGAAGAUGACGAUGAUUUCGAAGAAGACGAAGGCGAGUUUGAUCGUUUCGGUGAAGACAUCAGCUACGACGAUCUCAAGAAACGCAUGUGGAAAGAUCGAAACCUCAUGUGUAAGCUCAAACAACAAAAGAGAGACAAUCACAACAUCUCUUCGCCGUCGUCAUCCUCCCCUGUCUCCUCCUCCGCUAUCGUGCGCCGAGCAGAAGGUUCACGCCGCAAGAAAAUGGCUCGUUCUCAAGAUUCGGUGUUGAAGUACAUGAUGAAGAUUAUGGAAGUUUGCAAAGCUCAAGGUUUCGUUUACGGAAUCGUGCCGGAAAAAGGUAAACCGGUUACCGGUUCUUCAGACAGUUUAAGACGUUGGUGGAAAGAAAACGUUCAGUUCGAUCAAACCGCUCCAAACGCUGUUUCUGAUUAUUUGACGUUAGCGGCUGCUCAAUUAAUCUCGUCAAACGAAUCUCUAGACCCGAAUUCGUAUAUCCACAUGCUUCACGAGCUACAAGACACGACGUUAGGGUCCUUGUUAUCAGCUUUGAUGCAACAUUGCGUGCCCCCGCAGCGGCGGUUUCCGUUGGAAAAAGGUUUGGCUCCACCGUGGUGGCCUAACGGGACGGAGUUAUGGUGGGGAGAGCAAGGAGCUGCGGCGUUUGAGCACGGUCCCCCACCGUAUCGGAAACCGCACGACCUUAGAAAAGCUUGGAAAGUGAGCGUUUUAGCUGCUGUGAUUAAACACAUGUCCCCGAAUUUGGAAAGAGUGAGACGGCUCGCGAGACAGUCCAAGUGUUUGCAAGAUAAGAUGAUGGCUAAAGAGACUGAUACUUGGUCUCGUGUGUUGAACCAAGAAGAAGCUCGUCUCAAACGCCUCACAAUCUCAGAUGACGAGGACAAGGAUAGAGAUCAAGAACCUUCAGGAUUCACUUGUUUCGAUAAAGAAUCGCCACUUAACCCCUGUUUUCUUGUAGCGCAAGAUCAAGAACCGGCGGUGUCAUUGAGGAAAGACAAAAGGACUGAUCAAGAAUGGUCGCCAAAUGCUUGUUUUCUUGCCGAUCAAGAACCGUUCGGUAACAAGAGAAAAGGUGAGUUUGUGGAACAACAAGAGGCAAUGUUAUCUAAUGUAUACACUUGCCAAAACUCGAGUUGUCCUUCGAGUGAUGUGAGUUUAGGAUUCGUGGACAAGAACUUGAGGACAGGUCACGAGAUCGAGUGUCUCUACGGAAAUCAAGAACCGAUGAACCAUAGUAGCGGUGGCUCGGACGGGUUUGUUCGGUCAAUGACUACGAGUGACGAUGAUUAUAGCGCCAGCUCGAGAGCAGAGGACACAAGAGAUUAUCAUAAUCAAGAUGGAAACUGGCUAGACUAUCUCUGGUUCGAGAGGUUACAUGACUUAAACUGUUCUGAUCAAGGUUUUGAAGAUCAAACAAGUACCGCAGUGGAUUUGAACCAAUUACCAGAUCAUUCUGAUUCGAAUCAGACCAUGAACAGGGAAAAUUUCUCAUUAUGGGACAUGGGUUGUGAAGACAAAGAUGUUUACAUGUCUCAAGAUUGAAAACAUCUCAACUUUGGAAUAUAUAUAUUCUCUAGUUGUUACAAUGUAUUCAAAAAACAGAGAAAUUUUUGUUGUUGUUUUGUUGAUGAUCCAAAGCUAUACAAUCAAGAAAUAAAACCCUUUUUUUUUUUU